AUGACAAUCCCCCAAUCUACGACCUUGGUCGCCGCCCACGAUGAGCGGGCCUUCCACCACACCAAAACUCCCCGAGAUCACGCCGCCCUCAUACAGUCGAGAGAGACCGGCGAUGUCCUUCCCGACGACACCAUUGUGCAGGGCAAUGUCAAGGCUUUGCCUUUUGCUAAGUCAUGGGUGCACAUGGUAGCCGGCGCAGCCGGUGGCAUGACGGCCGCAACCCUCACAGCUCCCCUCGACGUCCUCAAGACACGACUGCAGUCCGACUUCUACCAGGCCCAGAUCCGCGUCACUCGCCAGGCCCAGAUGCAAGCUCUUGGCUCCGUCAAUCCCGCCCGCGCCGCCCUCUACCAUCUCAACGACACCCUCCAGAUUCUCGGCUCCGUAUACAAGACUGAGGGGUGGCGGGCCCUGUUCAAGGGCCUCGGCCCCAAUCUCGUCGGCGUCAUCCCCGCCCGCAGCAUCAAUUUCUACGUCUACGGCAACGGCAAGCGCCUCAUCUCCCAGUAUGGCAACCAAGGCCAGGAGGCCCCUUGGGUUCACCUCACGGCCGGUGUCGCCGCCGGUGUCGUCACCUCGACCAUUACGAAUCCCAUCUGGAUGGUGAAAACCCGCCUGCAGCUGGACAAGAACGUCUCGGAGCGCAGUGGGGGUUCCACAAUGCGCCAGUACCGCAACAGCUACGACUGCGUGCGCCAGAUCCUGCGGGACGAGGGCCUCGGGAGCCUCUACCGCGGUAUGAGCGCCAGCUACCUCGGUGUCGUCGAGUCGACCAUGCAGUGGAUGCUGUACGAGCAGAUGAAGGUCGCCCUCGCCCGCCGGGAAGCUGAGAUCGUGCGCACUGGGAGGGACAAGACAUGGUGGGACAAGACGCUGGAAUGGACGGGCAAUGCCGGCGCUGCUGGCGGUGCGAAGCUGGUGGCUGCCGUCAUCGCCUAUCCUCACGAGGUUGCGCGAACACGACUACGACAGGCGCCCAUGGACAACGGCCUCCCCAAGUACACCGGCCUGAUGCAGUGCUUCAAGCUCGUCUGGAUCGAGGAGGGCCUGAUGGGUCUCUAUGGCGGCUUGACGCCCCAUCUCAUGCGCACCGUGCCCAGCGCAGCCAUCAUGUUCGGCAUGUACGAGGGUAUCCUUCGCCUCUUCCACACGCCUGCCUAG